AUGUUAAAUAAUGGUCCGCCUGGAGCUCUAGGGUUGGCUCAAGCUUCUGGAUGGAUGACUGAGGAUUGUUUUGUUAAAGCACUUAAACACUUUGUGAUGCAUAUUAGGCCAUCAAAGGCGAAUCCAGCAUUAGUAUUAAUGGAUAAUCACAGCUCUCAUGUGAAUCUCAGAGUGGUUGAAUUUGCCAGACAAAAUUCAAUCAUUAUAGUUACAUUCCCACCGCACUGUAGUCAUAAACUGCAACCACUCGAUGUCACAGUAUACGGGCCUUUCAAAACUAGAUACCGCAUUGCCAUGAAUGAAUGGAUGUUGUCAAACCCCGGUAAAACGGUGACUAUUUAUCAAGUUGGGCAAUUUGUAAAAGAAGCAUAUUUGGCAGGUUUCACUCCUCAUAAUAUAACACAAGGAUUUUUGAAAACAGGAAUUUACCCCUUAAACUCUAAUAUAUUUAAUGAAGAAGAAUUUUUAUCUUCAUACGUCACUGAUAGACCCGAUCCAUCACAGUCUAACGGUGGUAAUGAGUUGAACUUGGACAAGAAAAAUAUUGAAAGUAACUUGAGAUCAACACCUCCGCCUUCUACAAACACACUUGAUGCUCGCGAAGAAAAUGAGGUUGUAACAGACCAGAUUAUCAGACCAUCUCCCUAUUUAAUAUCUAACCCUAUGGUUGCGAUUCCGAGUACUUCUAGGCAACAAAUUAUAUCACCGGAAAUGAUAAGACCAUUUUCUAAAGCAGGGCCAAGACAAAAUACGACACGCAAUAAUAGAAGAAUGUCGUCUGCCAUCGUGACUGACACUCCCGAAAAGAAAAUAUUAGAAGAGAAAGAGUGCAAAAUUUGUUCUGACUGGGCUCAUGAAUCCUGUGGCAUUAAGGGAAAAUUUAAUUUCUUUUGCAAGACAUGUUUUUAA